AUGAGAGACUCGCAACAUGAGAUCGAUACAGAGGGACAUCCUCGUUAUGAACUCGGAACCCCGCUUGAUGGCGAGAGCCAAGAAACCGCAGUUGAGGAUGAGCCGAAGAGAACCACAUCCCCCACCCAUGAUGCUGAUCAGAAGUCAACUGCCUCCUCCGAGUACGCCUCUGAUCGCAUGUCACUUCUCCACGAAUGCGUCUUCAUCGCAACAAUAUGUACGGCCCAGUUCACGACGCAAGUGGGAUUGACCCAAACACUGGGUAUCUUGCACCAGAUUGGCGACAGCUUCGGUGUUGGAAACCCCGGUGUCUUGUCUUGGUUUAUAGCUGGUUACAGUUUGACGGCGGGCACUUUUAUUCUCGUCGCCGGGCGCAUUGGGGAUCUGUUCGGUUAUAAAAGGAUGUUUGUCCUCGGCAUGCUGUGGUUCGCUCUUUGGAGUAUGAUCGCAGGGCUGAGUGUCUAUUCCAAUCAGUACUUGUUCAUUUUCGCCAGAGUUCUCCAGGGUCUCGGUCCUGCUGCUUUACUUCCAAACGGGCUUGCACUUUUGGGGGUUUCCUAUCCGCCCGGCCCCAGAAAGAAUAUGGCAUUCGCCUUAUUCGGUGCCUGUGCCCCAGGUGGUGGUGUCUUUGGAUUCCUUUUCUCUGGUCUGUUUGAAUUAGCAUGGUGGCCGUGGACGUUCUGGAGUUUUGCCAUUGCGUUAGUGCUACUGGCGACUUUCAGCGCCUUGAUUAUCCCAACACAAUGCCGUUCGCAUUACCAAGAUAAGGCGCUUGGAGAAAAGCUUCAAAUGCUUGAUAUUCCAGGAGCCAUCACAGGUGUUGCAGCUUUGGUCUUGUUCAACUUCGCGUGGAAUCAAGGACCAGCGUACGGCUGGCAAGAACCGUAUAUCUACGUCUGCCUCAUCCUUGGUAUAAUCUUUGCGGCUUGCUUCUUCUUCGUCGAGUCUCGCUGGGCCAAGAUGCCGCUUGUCCCUUUCAAGGUCUUCACGGGUGAUAUCAUCUUCGUGGUUGCAUGUAUCGCCUGCGGCUGGGCCUGCUUUGGCAUCUGGGUCUACUAUCUGACACAGUUCAUCGAGGUUUUGAGAGGCGCAUCUCCAUUGCUACUUGCAGCUUAUAUUUGUCCCGUGGCCGUGUCUGGUGCAUUUGCAUCCGUAGCCACUGGCUUCCUGCUGCAUCACGUUCGCGCAGCGUGGGUAAUGACCUUUUCCCUAACCUGUUUCAUGACGGGAACUAUCUUGGUGGCAACAGCACCGGUGCAUCGAUCAUACUGGGCUCAGUUGUUUGUCUGCAUGCUAAUCAUUCCGUUUGGGAUGGAUACGUCAUUUCCGGCUGCGACGGUUAUCUUUUCGAACGCUGUUAAGAAGGAGCAUCAGGGGAUGGGCGCAGCUUUGAUUGCUACGGUUGUCAAUUAUAGUAUUUCGCUUGGACUGGGAUUUGCCGGUACUAUUGAGGUACAUGUAAACCAUGGUGGCACCACACCUGCUGACGUCCUUCUUGGGUAUCGUGGUGCUUGGUAUUUUGGUAUCGGUCUCACUGGAUUAGGCAUUGUGUUGAGCUUGAUUUUUGUUGCGAAAGGAUAUUGGCAUAACACCAAGGAGAAAAGGAUUUCAGAAGAGGUCCAUUGA